GUAGCGCCGGAAGUUUGUUUUGGUUAAUUUCUCUCUGCAGCUCACCCACCAGUUUCCCUUCAGUGCUGUUGUUGGGAGCUAGUUCUCCCAGUGCAGCUUGUUCCUGCUGUGUCCAUAUGAGGAGCUGAGCCUUUAAAUGCAGCUUGUCUGUGCAGACUGGUGUUACUGGGAAUGUGCUGCUGAGGGAAGCAAACAGAGACAAAGGUGAUUGUUGGAACACCAUGGAGCCAUGAAAUAACAGAGAAACAUGGUGUUUUAGAAGAAUAUUUUGAGUGAUGUGAGCAGGAGAAAAGAGAUGCAGACUUCCCAGCUGUGGGUCUUAUGAGGACGUGAUGCCCAGGCGAGGGUUACCGUUCCAGGGUCGGGUCCGCUGGCUCUUCCUGGGCCUCUGUCUGCUCCUGGUGCUGCUGCUGUUCGCAUACCUGCUGGAGUGCACCCCGCCUGCAGACGUCAGCCAGGUCCUGCCCGGCUUGGCUGGGGAGACCUAUGGGAAGGAAUACUACCAGGCUCUGCUGCAGGAGCAGGAGGAGCGCCACCUGAGCCGUGCGUCCAGCCUCAAGCGCCAGAUCGCCCAGCUCAAGCAGGAGCUUCAGGAGAUGAGUGAGAAGCUGAAACUGAUUCAGGACAAGAAGGAGCCCCCUGGGGUGCAGGGUCUGGGGGAGAAUAAAGACCAAGAGCCUGGAGACCUGCUGGAGUUCCUGCACUCUCAGAUCGACAAGGCUGAGGUAAACACGGGAGCACGGCUGCCCAGCGAGUACGCCGUGGUGCCUUUUGAGAGCUUCACCUCCUCCAAGGUGUACCAGCUAGAGAUGGGGCUGACGCGGCACCCCGAGGAGAAACCAGUCCGCAAAGACCGCAGGGAUGAGCUAGUGGAGGUUAUAGAGGCUGCGUUGGACAUCAUCAACAACCCUGAUGAGGAGGACGGGGUGGAGGACGACGUGCCCAUGCAGAGGCAAUCCUACACAGACAGUCAUUUUAUGGAAGGGUUGUACAGGACAGAGAGAGACAAAGGGACACUUUAUGAGCUCUUCUUCGCCAAGGAGGAUUCCAGCAGCUUCCGUCACGUUACGCUCUUCAGACCGUUUGGGCCGAUAAUGAAAGUCAGGAGCACAUCUGUAGAAACAUUAGGAAUGAUCAUUAACAUCAUCGUGCCGCUGGCGGGCAGGGUCGAGACUUUCUCACAGUUCUUGCAAAACUUCAGGGAGGUGUGCAUACAGCGGGACAGACGGGUUCAUCUUACCGUGGUUUAUUUUGGACAAGAAGGUCUGCAGGAGGUGAAGUCAUCCCUGGAGAAAAUGUCAAGAGAAGAGACCUUCUCUAACUACACUCUUAUCCCCGUGGACGAGGAGUUUUCUCGUGGCCGGGGUUUGGAUAUCGGAGCCCACGCUUGGAACAGAGGCGACGUCCUGAUGUUUUUCUGUGACGUGGACAUUCGUUUCUCUCUGGACUUCUUGAACACAUGCCGUCUCCACGCCGCUCCGAACAAGAAAGUUUUCUACCCAGUCGUGUUCAGUCUGUACAAUCCUGCCAUCGUUUAUGGAAGUUUGGAGCUGGCUCCACCUAUUGAACUCCAGCUGAUUCACAAAAAAGAUGCUGGAUUUUGGAGAGAUUUCGGAUUCGGAAUGACGUGUCAGUAUCGCUCAGAUUUUCUAAAUAUUGGUGGAUUUGACCUGGAAGUCAAAGGCUGGGGUGUGGAAGACGUCCAUUUGUACAGGAAGUACCUUCGGAGCGACCUGAUCGUGAUCCGAACUCCGGUGUCGAGCCUCUUCCACCUGUGGCACGAGAAGCAGUGCGCGGACGAGCUGACGCCAGAGCAGUACCGCAUGUGCAUCCAGUCCAAAGCCAUGAACGAGGCCUCCCACUCCCACCUGGGCAUGCUGGUGUUCCGGGAGGAGAUCGAGGCCCACCUUCGGAAGCAGGCCUUCAAGACUCAGAGCAAGACGGAGGACUGAGGACAGCCUCCACGUUCCCGACAACAUUCCUACAUGAGGCUGUGAGUUGCUGAGACUAAAGGGGCGCGGCAGCAACGGCGUGUUUACAUGGAUCUUUCUGCUUUUUACUGCACAGCUGUAGACGGAUGAAUGUAGAAAAAUGUGAGCAAUGUGAAACGUGGCACAAAAUAGGAGCCUUACUGAGGCGGUCCAAUUGGAUGAUCACAUCAGCAGUAUUUAACUCUUAGAGGAAAAUGUGGAAAUGUACAGAAGACAGUGUUGUGUUUCUAGGAAUGAGGUUAGUGUUUCAUUUACUCUUUGAAAUCAGUGAGCAUGCAGUUAUGAAUUCAGGGAGAGGAUCAGGGUCUGCCCGGCAGCCAGUUUCUUCUCUACUUUCUUGCUGCUUCGCUUCUGAAUGUGAAACAUUUCAGCUGCUUCCCAGUAUUCCUGCAUUUCAGUCCCUUCAAACAGCGAAGGUAACCUAGUAGCACGUCCCCAGCAGUUUGUGGACAAAAUGAACUAAAAUCAGUUCGGAAACGAUGACUUUUCUUCUAAUUUAUUGAGCAUGAGAAGUUCUCUCGGCGCAGAUUAAAAAAAUAUACUGACCUCUUGGCUUCCAGAGGCCUGUACUACCAAGGAAGAUUAGUGGCUUGUUGAGGAAAUCGUCAGGUUCACCUCAGGAUAUCUGGGCAGUGUUGAUGCCUCUGAAGCCUAAAUCAGAUGCUGGUUACAGUAAUGCUUGUUUCCUUCAGGAGUUGAAGACAUCUGAACAGUGAGACGUUUCAUUGUCAGCAAGAAAGCGUCACACCUGGAAGUCUGGAUGCCUAAAAUGAGCUCAGACAUUCAGUUCAAUUUGACCUUUAUUUCUGUAAAACUAAUAAUAGGUGACAUCUGCAGCACAGAAAUAUCAUUAAAUACACGGUGAAAUCCAUUUCUACUCAAAACGUUUAGCUCUUCAUCCGGUGCUAGUCACAAGUUACCCUCCAGUCGCCAUGUUUACCGGCAGUUUUGGACUUUUAAGGAUCAAUUUGACCAGAUGUUCGGGGGUUAGGACUGAUAAUCCAACACAUUAAAAAUAAGUCAGUUUGAGUUUAUGGUGGAUUUUCUCUAUUCCAAACAAGGUCAGAAUUGCACUAAAAUGUGGAGAAAUGCCAGCGAGGUUCAUCUAGCACCCUCUCUGUAGCCAUCAACAAGCUUGUGGCUGAACUCCGGCUGGAUGUUUGUCCACUCUUCUUGGCGGAGAUGGUAGAGCUCAUUUAAUCCGUGUUCAGUAGGCUUGAGGUCAGGGUCCGUCCAUAGGCCUCAUGCUAGCUUGAGUUAUCUCUUCUAAUGUAAUGCACCAGCACCACUGGCAGUUAGAGAGACCUUAUCUCAGCAUGAUGCUGCCACCACCAUGCUUAACAGUUGGGACAGUUUCGUAGGUUUAAAGGGCUUCACCUUGUACAGGUGAACAGCUGCAGAUUCCAGUCAAGCUUAAAUGUGUUUUUCUCGGACCAUGUUGAGGUUAGAUUGGCUUCACUGUGGACAGCGAUACUCCCAUUAUUUUCAGUUCAUUGCAGGUUUGAGCCUUGGUGGUUCCCUGAGUUGUUCCUCAACCAGUUUUCUUUCAUCGAAGGCGGACAGUUUGGGGUAGAUGGUUGAAACCCGGAGAGUGAAUGACCGCCAACACUCAAAACUGGAAUGGCCCUGAGCUCAAUGCUUUGGACUUUAAAAGCCGGGCUGUGGACGGGAAGACGAACAAUAGAAAGUACCACCCAGUUCUUCCAAGAAGGGUGGACAAACAUCCAACCAUAGUUGUGCCAGAAGCUUGUUGAUGCCUACAGGCAGCAUAUGGCUGAGAUACAACAUGUUUGCAUAGAAAUCCACGAUAAAUUCAAACUUCUGGACCCAAGUUUUAUUUAAAUAAAAUAUUGUUUUAAUGAUCAUUCUACCAUGAAAAGCUCAUAGUCCAAAUGCAUCAUUUAAAGCCCACAAUGAAGGCCACUCACACCCAUGAUGGGUGUAUGUAAACUUCUGACUGGAACCGUAUAGAAAUCCAGUCAGGAAACCUGGGUGGUCUGUCUGAGUUCAAACAAACUUCUUGGUGCCGUUAAUUAUCUUUGAUGUUUUAGUUGCUCGAGACCAGAAGUUGGCCACAUCAAGCCAGACCCAGAAGGCCCGACUGGGUCAGGUUUGAUACGGCUGUAGCUGAGUGAGCAACAAGUUUCCGUCAUCAGAACGGCUCAGAAGAGGCAGCUCCGAGAGUAUCAGAACCGGGGAAAUCUCUCUCCUAAAUCCUGGAGCGUGAGGUGAAAUGUCUUCAUCACAAGGUGUCUGAAAGCUUCAGAUCCGGUUCAUACGGGUCUUCAUUCUGACCAGCAGUGUGGAAUAAAACAAAGGGAGCAUUUUGUGUUUAAUUUGAGGACGAUGUCUGUGCGCUUUAUUAGAGACGCUACAGGAACAGGUUCUUGUAGCGCUGCUAUUCUUACCCGACUAAAAUCUAACGUUGUAGUCACUUUUAAAUGUAAAUACUUUUCAAAUAUUUGUUAUUUCAUACAUUACAUGGAACCUACAGGUUCUAAAAGAACAUGUUGAUAGUUUGAAGCUGUUUUGUCCACCUCGUCUCAUCCUGAGAGAGCAGAACAUUUCACUCAGACGUUACAGAAAGCAGACAAGAGGUGCUUUGAUUUUACUUACUUACUCUUAAUAUAUCAGGUUGUUCUUGCAAUGCAUUCUGGGCUGUAAUUGCGUACGACCAAUGGUUUUGCUUAUUCUGCAGCUUUUGUAGAUUGUCUUGAAGUCUCCUUUCUCGACGAGAGAAAUAAAACAUCUUCCUCUCAGCAGCACACGACAUUUACAGCCGAAUAAUAAAAAAAAUGAGCAAGA